ACGUCAUUUUGCCACGGCACAUCACCGAAAGGAAUAACUAUUUCCCAGAUAUCUCCGAACAAUGCCAAGUGGUACAAUUCAAAAUCAGGAGGAAUUCGACAAGGCAAUCAGGGUUUUGAGUUGGAACAAAUGGCUGCUAUCAGCCCUUGGCCUCUGGCCCAAAAAUCCCAACAGUUUAAUCUUCAUCGUGAAUUUCGGAUAUUUCGUCUACAACAUGUUGUGCGAAUACCUUGAUCUAUUCCUUUUCAUUGACAACCUGGAGCACGUAAUCGAGAAUUUAACCGAGAACAUGGCGUUCACCCAAAUUCUAGUGCGAAUGGCAAUGCUCAGGAGAUAUAAUCAGCAGCUGGGAGAAGUGAUUAAUGAAGCUUUAAAGGAUUACGAUGCAAGGAUGUACAGAAGCCCGGAGGAGAGCAAAGUUUUCCUCGAUUACAUGAACAAAGCCAAAUUAUUCGUUAAAUUGUUGUGCGCCUUUGUGACAAUGACUGCAACAUCUUAUUACGCUAAACCGAUAACGAGUCCACCUCCGCCCCCACAAAGUGGAGAAAUCAGUUCAGAGGAUAAUGCAACGGGGCAAUUUCUCCUGCCCUAUCGUUUCCAUAUUUUUCAUGAAGUCAAUGAUUUUCGGACGUACACUAUUACAUAUGCCAGUCAAUUUCCUUUUGUAUUUGUCAGUGGAUUGGGACAGACAGCUGCUGAUUGUCUCAUGGUGACUCUGGUAUUUCAUGUGAGUGGAAGGCUUUCAGUUCUUGCUAUGAGGAUAUCAUCACUGAAAACAGGAGCUGAUAACUGUAGAGCAGAAUUGGGGAAUAUUAUCGUUGAGCAUAAUCGAUUGUUGAAAAUGGGACAAACUAUUGAAGAAGCCUUCAGUGAAACACUCCUCGCGCAUUUAGUUGGGGCCACAGCUCUGGUUUGCAUCCUGGGAUAUCAGUUGCUAGUGAAUUAUGCCAAAGGCCAAGGUGCUGAUCUUGCCACAUUUUUUGUAUUCAUAUUUCUCGUUUUUUUGGUUCUCUAUGCCCACUGUGUUGUUGGCGAAAGUUUAAUUACUGAGAGUAACAAGGUGUGUGAAGCAUACUACGAUUGCUGGUGGUAUGAAAUGCCCAAGGAAACAGAAAAACUCAUUAUUUUAUGUAUGGCAAGAUCGCAGAAGCCUCUUGGCUUAACAGCCGGAAAAUUGGGAUCGUUUUGUCUCAGUACUUUAACAGAUAUAAUCAAGGCUUCUGCAGGAUAUCUCUCAUUACUGCGAACCGUCAUGUGA